AUGAUAGAAAUGCUAGGCCUGCUCUGGCAGCUGGUCAAGUAUGAAGAAGCCGUGUCGGUUCUGAUGAGCAGCUCAGGCGGUCCGCUCAUGUGCGACACGAAUGAGGACAUCCUCACCAACAACAGCCAGUCCCUCAUCCAAGACCAAGAGCAACAGCCUGCUGACCACAGCUUACUGCCUCUCCUGUUGAAAAAGUUGCUGCUGAGCGGUGAUGAGACGCUGCAAAUGACCAGUGCAAAGUGCAUCGCUGCAAUUUUGGUUCAUUCUCCCAGUCAGUACUGCGCUCUCUGCAUCAAGGCUGAUUUACCAGGUUUUCUCUUUGACCGUCUGGCCAGCAGCAGCAGUGAGAUGCUGCUGUGGUCCAUCUACAGCUGUUUGGUGUUACUGACUGAGGAGCCGCUUUUCUUUUCCCAAUGCCACUCCGUAUAUGGUGAGACCCCAAACUGAGAACUGUUGAAACCCGAAGUUUACAUACACAGAAUAAAAAAAACGCAUCUAC